GCUGUACGUACUGUUGUUUGUUAUGGCAGGCAGGCAGGCAUUGACAAUGCGCGCGUACGCGUGAGUCCGUGCAAUGUGUCCGUCUACUCUGCCCGUCCACUCAGUGUGUAGGCAUGUACGUACCAACACCGAAAAAGACCAUAUGCAGUCAGUCAGUACACUACCACGUCUCUUCGACAAACCACCGUCGUAGAUAGCCUGAUCCACAGUCGCGCCUACCCGCACGUCACACACACGUACGCAAACUUACACCCGAGGGAAGCAUCGCCUCCCUCCCUGCCUGCGGUUGCCUUGCGCUGCUGACUGCCCGACUACGGAGAAAUCCCAUACCCACUAAUUGCCCUGUAUCUCUCUCUACACUACUCCGCCAAUCAAUCAGUCCGUCAGUCGGCGCGCACCAGCACAAAGGUGUUGCCCUUGUCGCCCCGCGAUAUCCGCAUCUCGUCGUCAAGAUACGUGACAUCCAACGCACCUGCAUGAUACACACAGUUGGAUGGAUGAGCAACCACCACAAGCGACUGACCUCUUGCUGUGUCUGGCGCCUUGAUUCGCAGCGAGCCGAGGUAGAAAUACGUGAACUUGACGUCCACUGCGCUGUCAGAUGUGGGCGUCAACUCGGCCUCCACUCUGUUGGUGAUGCGGACACCCGGGAUGGGCGAGAUGGUCUCUCUGUUCUCGGCAGUGAGGGCCUUGGCAUCAAUGGUUUGGAAAAUCUCGUCCUUGACUGGCCUGAAUGGGGGGAGCCUCCUCGUGCCCUUGAUGGACUCGCUAGUCGUCCAUAUCAGCCUGAUGGAACACAGAAACACCACAUGGCAGGGACACCAUGCAUCAGCACACAGCCGCGGCACUGCAUGUCGUCGUGGUGCCCCUUCUCACCUCCACUUGCCGCUGAGAAGAGGACUCUUGAGCGCUCUGCAACAGAGCAAACAAAGACAGCACACAAGCGGCCGUGGUCCCUCUCACAGCCAUCGCCGUGUGUUCGUUGGCACCUCCUGUUGGGAUUGAGUUUCUCGACUUGCUCGACGGCCGUGAGCACCUCAGAGUCCGACAGACCCCUCCGUAUGGCCUCCCUGAGCGCGUCUUUCUUCUUUGUGGCUGUCGCAGGUGAUUUGCCGAUGCCCAAGAUCAUCGACACAGACUGGGCGGAUCUCCUCGGCUGCCGCACGGCAAGAUCCAGCCGCCCAGACGCCUGCAAAAGAAAGAACAGCACAUCAAUCAAUCGGACGACAGUGUCUUCGCAUUAUCUUGCAUGUGAAUACCUGGCUGGCAAUGGUUCGCAGGCCGUAGCCGCAGGCGGAUGAGAUGCAAGACAAGACAAGCACGAAAACGCAAAGAACAGGCUCCAUUUUUUUUCAGC